CCUCUAUACAGUGAGUUAGCCACGGAGAAAGAAUGAAUGCUGGGACAUUUGAAGAAGUCGAUUGCGGCAAGUUGGCCGACCUCGCCGCCUUCCGCCGUCGGAAAUAAUGAUUGAGGCAGCUCCGGCGGCCCACUUGCUGCUGCUGCUGUCUGCCAUGGCCUUUCUACGAACACUUCAUUCAAUUUCACUACACACUCGGAGGCAGCUCUACCAAAAGCCUCUUUUCCCUGUUCAAGCUCUUCGAGCCCGAAACCAUACAAUGCCCUUGACACGCUCCACCGAUCCCCUGGUGUGGAUCGACUGCGAGGUUCGGGAACCUUCUUUGCAGCCUGUCCUGCGUUGUCUUGAAGCCACUAGCCUCAACCGCUGACGCACCCUGUCUUCUUGACGGACACUUCUAGAUGACCGGCCUGGACCCGGAAACCGAUCAAAUCCUCCAGAUCUGCUGCUACAUCACCGAUGCCGACCUGAAGCUCCUCGAGCCGCAGGGAUUCGAAACCGUCAUCCAUCAGUCGCCCGCGACGCUGGCCGCCAUGAACGAGUGGUGUAUCGAUACCCACGGUCGCACCGGGUUGACGGCCGCGGUGCAGGCUUCCACCGUCAGUGUGGAGUCGGCAGCGGCGGCGUUGCUGGAGUACAUUCAACGGUAUGUGCCGCAGCCGCGGACGGGGGUGUUGGCGGGCAACAGCGUGCAUGCGGACAAGGCGUUUCUGGCCAAGGGACCGUACCGGAGCGUGUUGGAGUGGUUACAUUAUCGGAUUGUAGACGUGAGCGCACUGAAGGAGAUGGCGCGGCGGUGGGGAUCGGAUGAGUUAUUGGCGGCCGUGCCUGCGAAGAAGGAGGUGCAUCUGGCGCGGGAGGACAUUCUGGAAAGCAUCGCAGAAAUGCGCUUCUAUCGGGAACGGCUGUUUAGAUAGCCUCUGGUAGCUUUAGUAGCUCGACUACUAGUACUAGACAAGCUACUAGUAAAAGGGGGAGGUCUGUGGGUUUUAGACCGGCGGGGAAAUGAGCUGAGCUGGCAACAAUAAUAGCUUCUAUUUAGGGAGGUUUUUUUUAGGGGGUCAAGAAUUAUAAUUUGUACGGGCGUUUGUACGGAGGGAGGGGUAGAAAAUGA